AUGCGCCCCAGCGCCUCGUCCGGAAAUUUAAAUGCGGGCGAGACUUAUCACCCCCAAAUGCCGACUGUCCAGAGCAGCGACAGCAUCAUGCAGCCACAGCAGCCAAACCCGGAGCCCUACAUUCCGAGGGUCGGAGUGGUCGAUUCAUUGGAUCUGUACCCGCAACCGGAACAACCGGAGCAACCGGAAGAGCCGGUCUACCCCCCAGUGACUCCCGCUCCAUCUGGCCCGGCUACCACCGACAAAUCGAUCUUCGAAAUCAAUUAUUGCGACCAGAACGAAUUCACCGACCAGGUGCUGGCCCAAUACGGCCUGGCCCGAGUCGAGUACUUCAUCUACAACACCUCGUGCAGCCACAUCUUUUUCCAGUGCGCCAUUGGGCAGACGUUUUUGCUGAGGUGCCCCUCCGAGCAAGAAGCCUUCGACCGUGCAACCGUCAACUGCAACUUCCGGAACAGCGUCAAGUUCUGCCCGGAGUACGAUCACGUGAUGCACUGCACGAUCCGCGAGCAAUGUGGUCAGGACGAGUACGCCUGCUGCUCUCAACCACAGAAGUGUCUACCCUUGAUUAGAAGAUGUGAUGGGCACAGCGACUGCUCAGAUGGGGAUGACGAGAACAAUUGCCCGUCCUGCCAGCGCAAUGAAUUCGCUUGCGUCAAGAGUGGACGGUGCAUUGAGGCGAGCAAGCGAUGUGACGGCAAUCCGGAUGACUGUGAAGAUGGGACGAAUAUGGAUGAGAUUGGGUGUAGCCGGAAUGAAACUUGUGUCGGCAAAUUCAUGUGCCACGCCUCAUUCGAGGGCCCAUCCUGCAUCGACUACUCGCUACACUGUGAUGCUCACAACGACUGCCAGAACGGGGAGGAUGAAGUCAACUGCAAGGUAUCCGAGGCGAAAUACAUCCUGUGCGAAAACCAGAAGCAGCAGGUGCUCCGCUCGCAGUGGUGCGACGGCACCGGGGAUUGCGCCGAUGGAUCCGAUGAGAAAUACUACUUUGACGAUCUACUCUCUGCUGUACGACGUGGCCGCCCGGGUACGGUAGUCUAUUGUAGCAAAAAGAUGAAGUCACUGACGCUGUUGCUGGGCGUACUCCUUGGUGUCGUCGUGUCGGACCCAAUCCCCGGCAGGCAGUACGAUAUGUCUUACUGCGCCGGGCACACCAUCUUCUUAUACCCAGGAAUCUUUGCUAAUGGCGAACCGGUCGGCAUCUGCCUUUCCCCCCUCAGCAACGGCAACCCUCCAUGCACAAAUCUCCCUCGGAAAAUCGCCCGCAAGGUCAAGUCGGCCAAGCUGACCUCAAUUGACGCGUGCUUCAAGCUGUACGACAAGACGGAGUGCGACAGCGAGCAUAUUCUCAGGGCGAACAAGGACUCUGUGCAAAAGCUGAAGGACUUCACGGCAAACGGUUACGACACCGACUGGCAAUCGAUUGGACUCUGCAAGAAUAUGGAGGACAAUGAC